AUGAGCGAUUACUACCACAACUUUCUGUCCUCGGUGUCAGGACUGGGGACUAACUCUAGCCUGAGUUCCCAAGAUGCAUCUCCUGUGCCUACUACUGCCUUCAGCUCUGGAGGCAAUAUGGAAACAAACACGUUCCAGAACAUGGCGUACUACCCUGGAUGCCGCAAAGGCACACGAGAUUGCGUGUACCCAGACACGCCAGCUUCAAAAUACUCUUCCUCUCAUGGGGUCAAAGAUGCGGACAGCAGUCGGCAAGCAAGCCCGACGUCUUCAAAUGAGGAGGACGACGAUGAUGUAGAUCAGGACACGAAAUUGAGCCCGAUCCCGGAUGAAGACGAAGAGGACUUAGCGAGCGUCUCUGAGCAAUCAAUGCGGUCCACAAAGAGCCUCCGGCACAUGAGUACGGCGUCGUCACUCAACUUGAAGCGACUGCUAACCCGAACUCGUCAGCCUUCUGAGACACCCUCUCAAGAAGGCAAUAAAGGCUCAUCGCCGACUCGGUCGAUCGGCACCGCCAGCAGCCUGACUCCGAUGAUGACACACUCACCAGACCUAUUGUUUAAUACCGUUCCAGAUUUGUCACAGCUCCCAGCUGAUUUGAGAUUUUACCUGGAAUACUUCCUCGAAAACAUAACGCAUUACCACUAUGGUGUGCACAGAGACUUUGGGAGUGUCUUUCGGACGACACUUGUCAGCUUGGCGCUCCGCAGCGAGCCCCUGCUUUAUGCUAUGAUUUCAUUUGCGGCAUACCAUCAGACGCUCAGAGAUCCGAAUGGGCAGCUGCCACAGUUUCUGAAAUAUUACAACAAAAGUGUCAUCCUGCUCCUUGACCUUCUCAAGAACGAGGACAGGCAUGAACUCGCGACACUUCUGACAAUUCUGCAGCUAGCUACAAUAGAGGAAUACCUUGGCGACUGGGUGAACCUGAUGGGGCAUCAGAAGGCAGCCCUCGAGAUCUUGAGCCAGCUUUUCACGCCUCAAUCUAUUGUGGAAACAUCAUUGAAUCGCACUAUUUUGUCAUGGUACAUACGUUUCGACAUCCUUGUUGGGUUAAUGGGAGGCUUCGUGACAAGUCUCCCACGAGACUGGUUCGUCACGUUCGACGAGUUCUGUCGAGCAAAAUUGGCGAGCGAACCCGACAACCUGGACUGGCUUUAUGAGAGGGCCGAGAAUCGUUUGCGUCUGAUAUGCCACGAUAUUUGCCUGCUUGUUGUCAGGCGCGCAAGGGACAACCUAACAGGGGCCUCUGCCACUGUGGAGCACGAGAAUGUCGCUCGACAAUUACGAGAGUGGAGGGAAACCCUCGAGCCCGCUCUCACUGACCCUACACGGCUGAUAGUAUCGUCCGCAUAUUCCUCCGACGAGUCCUUGAGUGCACGUCCCGCACUCUUGUACGACUCCCCUUUGACUUCCACGACACUGCUACUCUGCGAAUGGCAUGCCAUGGUGAUGAUGCAUCUUUACCAGGCCAGCCAGGACAGUCAAGGUCAAAUAUCGACAGGGCUGGGCAGUUUAUCACAGCAUGCCGAGGCAAUUAGCCAGAUAUUCAAUGCUGGCGAACAAUGGGCUUCAGGUCCAAAAGGCUUGCUCAUUAUGCUGCAUCCCUGCCUUACGAUUGCGUCCAUGUUUCUUCCGCCGAGCCCCGGCAGCAAUGUGUGGCUGAGGAAGAAGUUUGCAUUGCUGGAGAGCUCUGGCUAUAUAUUCCCCAUCACGGUGCGGACAAGAAUGGCAGAGCUCUUUCAAGACGAGACCGUCGUUCGAUGGUGGCUUCCAGAUGACCAUGGGUUCACACCGAUGUUGCAAAGCGUGCGGGCUUUCGCAGACGAGCGGAAUGCGGCGGCCACCUCCGCACAAUCCGAGAGCCUACAGGACAUGAAGAACGUGUUUGCCGCCCUGCAUUUGGGAGGCGACGCGACUCCUGUUGCGGGGACCGGGAGUGGCAUGCUUGGCUCUGGAAGGGUGGGAAAGGACAAAGGGAUCAAAACUCACAUGUCGUGA